UUCAACUUCACGUGGACUGAGUUGUUACUAUAGUUCCACCUCGUGGCAAGAGACUCAAAUCAACCGAUUUAUCGCUGUUCAGUCUCUUUUCGGAAUGGCGCCGAAUGUACCAAAAUGGCUUGAUGAAAAAUUUUUAAGUUACUGUCUAAAUAAAGGAAAAGAUUGUGAAGAAAAAAGAGUGCAAAGUUUUAAUGUGUCAUCAGCAGUCCCAAAUGGAAUCAGCUAUUGUAGUUUACUCUUCAGAGUGAGGACAGAGUACAAAGAGAAGGACGAAAAGAAUGCUAAUUGUUCAUCUUUGAUUGUGAAAGGACCUUUUGAAAAUUCUUCGGCCGAUUAUGUUCAAACAGAACCAAGGUUUUACAACGAAUUUCUACCAGCUGCGUUUGAAAUAUCUUCAAGUAUUACAUUUGCACCAAAAACUCAUUUUUCGAAAAUUCCGGAUGUUAUAGUCAUGGAGGAUUUAUGCCAGGAGGGAUAUAAACUGGCUGACAGACGCGAACUCCUGGACUUUGACCACUGCAGGUUGUACGCGAUAGCUUCAGCCACGUUCCAUGCAGUUUCAGUGGCUGUCCACAAAAAGCAACCCAAACUGGUGGAAUCUUUUGGUCCGGACAAGUUUUUCACGAACCAAAAGUAUAUGGCGGGGCUCAAAAAUUUUUUCAUCGGUGGACUGAAUUACAUGGCUGAAAAAAUGAGAUUUUUUGAUGACUACAAACAAUAUGCUGAUGAUCUUCGCAGUUCCUCUACUACGAUCUGGAACAUGGCGGUUGACGCUCUGAAACCUUCAUCACCAUUCAACACACUUUCCCAAGGAGACGCUUGGACGGGGAAUAUGAUGUUCAAGUAUGAUGAAUCCGAUAAAGUAUGUGACAUCAAACUUCUGGACUUCCAAGGGGUGCGAUAUUCUUGUCUUCUCGGUGAUAUGAUUUUCUUCAUCUACACAAGUGCUAAUUAUGAUGUUCGAGAAAAUAGGUUGCAUGACUUAUACAGGGUGUAUUGUGAUACGAUUAACGCUAAACUUGAAGAGUAUGAAUGCUCAGAGAGACUGACGUUUGAACAGCUGUUGGAGAAUAUAACACGUUUAAGUUCCAAAGCACUGCUAGUUGCGGCCAUGUCCUAUCCUUUAAUAAGGAAUACAACAGACGUGGAUACGAGUGCAAUUAUGUUCGGUGAAGUCGACGACAGUGUGAUCACCCACGCUUUUGAUCAGUAUUACGAUGAAGAUUAUUGUGAAAAACACUUACCGAGAGUUCUGAAGCAGUUGGACACCGCUGGAGCCUUUGAUUAUGUUGUGACUCGCUUAAGAACGACACACACAUAGGAUAGAAAUCGCGCUACUCAACAAUUUGUAUUAGAUAAAACUGUCGAUUGUAGAUGUAAUUCCUCUUAUAGGCAAUGGAAAUUUACUUCUUUAAUUUUU